GUGUGCAGAACGACACAACAACAACGCAUCUAUUCCAACCUGCUGCUCUUCCUAUCCAACAGCAGCAGCAGCAGCAACAGCAGCCAUAUCAAAUGACUCAUUUCAAUUCCUUUGGUUCGAAUCCUUCUCUACAACCCUUCUCUUCUGGACCACAGACACUGUUCUCUUCUACUGUCCCCAACGCUCCACUCCAGCAGCUUCCUCCUGCUAUGGGUCCACAGCAAGCGUUGCCAUUGCCACCUACUUCUUCCCUUUCUACAGGAAGCAAUCCAUUCAGAUCCAAUACCAUUGGACCUUCUGCCACUACUUCCACUUCGACUCCUCUCCAUUACAAUAACGCCACCCUGAAUCCUUCUUCAAGCAAUCCUUUUCGUUCCAGUACCAUGCCCAUCACUUCUCUCAUGCAGCAACAGCCGUCGUCUUCGUUAUUACCUCUACCACCUACAAGUCCUCAUAAUCCUUUUGCCACAAAUAACAAUCAACAAAUUUCCUUUUUAAAUAGAGCUACUACCAUCAGUGUGGCCUCUUCCAUACCGCCGUCCACAAACCCAUUCAGUCAGCAGCAGUUAUCCUCAUGGAAAUAGAAAGUAUUCUUUGCCGUCCAUCGCCACUUUUUUCAAAACAAUAAAACAUUCCACGUUCCCUUCCAUUGUAUAAAAACCAACAAAAACUUUCACAUACAAAAUUUAUUUAAACAGGUUUUUUAUUGAAUAAAAUAUAAUAGUAGUUUUUUUGAUCAGCAAAAUAGCAGACAU